AUGCUGCACGUGCACGCUCGCAACCAGAAGAAAGCGGGACAAGCGGACGGCGCAGAGUCUAGCUCGGUCGAGAGGCGACGCGAGCAGGUGAAAGAGGCAGCGAGUGCGCGGUGGAACAGCCAGAGGACGAGCUACGACAGCCACACGCACGCGUUGCCUGCUCAACUGGCAGCUAACGACGUCUCGGUGGUUGGAGGGAAAAGGAAAAGUGAAGGGAUUGGAACGGACAAGAUACGACCUCGAUAG